AGCUGGGCGGGGUUGUUUGGGGGUGUUGUGAAUUCGUGGGAGUUGUCGGACCGAUUUGUUGUGCGUUUUGCCUGUCGAUUUGCACCAAUUUUAGACACGCCAGCUGCUGCCAUGCCCGGAAUAGAGAAGCUACCGAUAGAGGAGACGCUGGAGGACAGUCCGCAGACACGCUCUCUGCUGGGAGUGUUUGAGGAAGACACUGCAGCCAUGUCUAACUACUGUACACAACUCUAUCAGGCCAUGCAGAGGAUCUACGAUGCACAGAAUGAUCUGAGUGCUGCUACACACCUGACCUCCAGACUGCUUAAAGAAUAUGACAAACAGCGAUUUCCUCUCGGGAGUGAUGACGAGGUGAUGAGCUCCACCCUGCAGCAGUUUGCAAAAGUAAUAGAUGAGCUGAGUUCUUGCCAUGCUGUCUUGUCCACUCAGCUUGCAGAUGCCAUGAUGUUUCCCAUCACUCAGUUUAAAGAGAGGGACCUAAAGGAGAUCCUCACCCUAAAGGAAGUCUUCCAGAUUGCCAGUGAUGAUCAUGACAUGGCAAUUAACAGAUACAGCCGCCUGUCCAAACGGAGGGACAACGACAAGGCACGGGCAGAGGCAGUGGAAGAUGUCUACACUUCUCGUAAGAAACAGCAUCAAACCAUGAUGCACUACUUCUGUUCUCUGAACACUCUGCAGUACAAGAAGAAAACAGCACUGCUGGAGCCUCUACUGGGCUACAUGCAGGCUCAGAUCAGCUUUUUUAAACUGGGUUCAGAAAAUUUGACCCAGCAGUGGGAGGACUUCCUGGGGACCAUUGGAACCAGCGUCCAGAAUGUGCGACGAGAGAUGGAGGAGGAGGUGGGACAUAUGCAGCAGACCAUCCAGCAGAUGGAAAGUUCCUGUGACCCACUAUAUGCACCCUGUGACCCUGACCCUGGCCACUCACCUGUCUGUCGCAACCUGACCAGAAAACAGGGCUACCUGUACAUCCGCAAUAAGACGGGGCUGGUGUCUUCAUCCUGGGAGCGGCAGUACUUCUUCACACAAGGCGGUAACCUAAUGCAGCAAGGUCGUGGAGAGGUUGCCGGCGGACUGGUCACUGACCUCGACAACUGCUCUGUGAUGGCAGUCGACUCUGACGACCGACGCUUCUGCUUCCAAGUCACAUCCUUUGACGGCAAGAAAGUAGUGACACUGCAGGCGGAGACCAGGAAGGACUGUGAGGAGUGGAUCUCCACCAUCAACAAUAUUUCCAAGAGGAUCUAUCUGAGUGAGAAUGCUGAGGAGUUGGCAGCCAGAGUGAACCAAUCAGCUCUGGAGGCUGUGACGCCUUCGCCAUCCUUUCAGCAGAGACAUGAGAGUAUGAGACCCAGCAGUAAAGGACGUUCAGGCCGAGCAAGCAGCAUCAGCUCUGUGGGCUCUGAGCCGUCGCCCGCCCUCUCUGUGCUCUCAUUGGAUGCGCUAGUCGCUCCAGAAACACCCAUUCAGUUUGACAUAAUUUCCCCUGUUAGUGAGGAGAACUUAGGCCAGAGCAAGACAGCAGCGCAGUCAGGCAGAAGGAGUAAUCCAUUUGGAGAGUCAGGAGACAGUACAUCAGAUGACAGUGAAGACUCCAUCCUCCAUCAACUCUUCAUCGUCCGUUUCCUCGGCUCCAUGGAGGUGAAGACUGCUGAUUCAGUAGAUGUCAUCUCCGAGACGAUGCGUCAGAUUCUGGCGGCCAGAGCCAUCCACAACAUCUUCAGGAUGACUGAGUCUCACCUACUGGUCACCUGUGACUGCCUCAAGCUCAUUGAUCCUCAGACGCAAGUGACUCGACUCAGGUUCCCUCUGUCCAGUGUCCUCCACAGCUCUUCUCAUCAGGACAAUAAGAGGCUGUUCGGUUUUGUUCUACAGCCAGCAGGCGGGCGGGGGGACAGUCGAGCUGUCUGCUACAUUUUUGAAUCCAACAAUGACGGAGAGAAGAUCUGUGAUAGCAUCGGCCUGGCCCAGCAGAUCGCCUUCCACUCAGAGAUGGAUCGUAAGGCGGUGGAGAAGAGGAAGGAGCAGGACAAGGCCAAAGAGAAGCAACAGGAGGAGCUCAGCAAGCAGAGACAGAUCGAAAAGGAUUUGGAGGAGCAGAGCCGCCUCAUUGCCGCCUCCAGUCGCCCUGCUAACCCCCCUGUGGCUGAUGGACACUUCCUGGUGCUUAGCAACAGCCAAUCAGAGGACAGUGACGCGGGUGAGGAGGGAAAAAAGAAGGGUGAAUCUGAAGCAUAACACAGCAGUGAAAGUGUGAACCGUUAAAGACCAGCUCAGGAACCACAGCAGAGGAUACCACCUGCCCUACUGGGCUGCACCAGGCUGAAAACCUUGUGCUCCCUCUCUGCUGGACUCCACAUCACUCUGUAAAAGAGAAUAAAUUAAACACACCCUCACUAAGAGGAAGACAACCACGGAAACAUGUCAUCACAGACUUGUUUUAUGCCUUCAAAAAGAGAAAAAACACAUUUUUUAUAUGGGCUCCAUGCAGAAAUAACUUGUAAGUUUCAGUUUUUUUACAUUUGUGUUAUUAAAAUGCAAAAUGCCAAAAAACAGCAUGAAAAUUGAAGAAAACCAAUCUGAAGGAGAAAAUUCCAAGGGCCAUUCAGAUGUUAUUGGAUCAUCCACUAAGCCCCACCCCCAGUGCCUUGAUCAGGGCACUCCCAUUCACUGUCAUUGGUGUAACAAGGCAGUCAUAGUUAAGACAGCACUGAAGUGUCCAUCAAUGACUUUAAAUUAUUUACAUUCAGGGAAAAAUUCACUUAUCUGACUCCUCAUUUAAUCAUUUGGUUCAAAGUCUACAUAAUGUAGCUUGUUUUCUUUUGUUAAUAAAUUCUUUAUUUCUUGUCUUGAUAACAAAGCUCAUCUCUGAAUGCAUAUAUCUCAAGAUAGAGAUUUAAAUCCUUUAUCACGAGAAAACAAGCUUUGUUAUGUCGAGAUAAAGAGUUAAUCUGUUAUGUUCUAACAAAAGGAUCGUAAGGCUGGCUGUUCUUGGCUUCCAUAGACAACAGCUAUUAAUAAAUUACUAUUUAAGAAAAAAAAAAAAGCAGAAAAUCUUCAUAUUUGUAAAGCUGGAACCAGAAAUGGAAAUUUUAUUUUUGCUUGGGAAAGAAAUGGAUGAUCAUAAUAUAAUUGCUUAUUUGCCACUUCAGUUGUACAGACAGAAAAGUUGAUGUGACUUAGGGCCGCUUUUUAAAUAAUGAUAAUGCUGUUUUAAGAGAGCUUUAAUACUUUCUUGUCAUGUCAAAUCACACUGGCAGAUUGGAAAGAAGGGAGUGGAAGGGAACAGUGGCCAUAUUAACAGUUCUACAAUACUUAAAGGUAGUUUGUAUUUGCAGUCCCAUCACACUUGCUGAGAUUUAUAGUUAGCAUUAUUUUAUUCUUCCAAACUUGCUUAAAUGAUAACUUUGCUACACACCUAUGACAUUGUCCACUGUAAGUUAAAGGAAACAUUUUCUGUGCUGAGGUAAGAAUCUGAGACAAAUUUCUGAGAAGAAACUCUUAACUCUAAACUGAGAUUAUAAAUCAUACAUUUUCAAGACACAAAUUGCCUGAGUGUUAAGGGAAAAAAACACAAAUUUGAAAAGCAGAGAAUUUCAUUGGGGUUGUUUUCUUGGACGACAACUUAAAGCAGUGUUUUUCAACCUUGGGGUCGGGACCCAAUGUGGGGU